AGUUAAUCGAUUGACGUGAGAAAAGCUGAUAAAAAUGACAGUAUAUAAACAUGUAGAAUCACGAAAAAAUCAUUAUCAUUAAAAAAAUUAGGCAAUAAAUAAAAUUAUGUUUAAAUUAUGAGUCGUAAAACUAGAUCUUUGGAUAGAUCUUCGUCUAUUUCAUCAGAAAAUCGCGUUCGACAAACAAAUAGAUCGAAAUCUGAACCGAAAAAAAGUAAUAAAAAUAACUUGAUCGUUUAUAAUGGAAUAUGUGAUUUACCUGAUUUUUAUUCAACUAUAUUGGGGCCUACAGCUGACGAAACGUUUCUAGUUGGAUUAGAAACUUUAUUGAAAUUAGGAUUUGGAUAUAAUACUCAAAUUGUGACCGAUGAGGAUGUAACCGAAACAUCAGAAAGCGUAUGAUCAAUUUUUUUUUAAUAAUAAAUUAUUUGUCGAAAUAUUUGAAAUUACAAGGGUUAGAUGUUAAUUCGAUAUCGAUACUUGCGAAUUGUGAAUUAUUACUACAGGUGGUAUACAAAACAUUCUUACAAUACAAGCAAAUAAGAUAAUUUUAUAUAUAUACGUGUGACAGCUGUGACAUUUUAAUAUAACAAUUUAAUAUAUUUAUAGCGAAAAAUCGAUGAUUUUAAAAUAGAGGAGGAAAUUAGCGAAGAAAAAAGUUUAAUUUCUGAAGAAGAAUUAAAUGAAAAUGAUUCUGUUACGUCAUCCAGACAAUUAACAUCAGUAGGUUCGUCGAACUAUAAGUUUUUCUUCUUCUUUUUUUACAUUUGGAACAUAAUUUUAUAUUUUAUCGUUUUUUGGCUUUAGUAAAUUGAAAAAUCGUCCGAUUUCGAUAAAUUUUUUUAUUGAAAUGUUUAUUUUUUGCGUAAUGUUUAUAAAAAAAAUAUGGGUAAUAUUUAAAUUUGAGAUUUCAUAUGGUUUUACGAUUUUAAAUGUUUUCAUAACCUCACUUUUUUAAAUGUAAUCAUUAAUGCAAUGGAAUUCGUUUAAAUUUUUUGUUGAUCUACACUAAAAAAACAAACAUUUCUGAAAAAAAAUUUGCGAAACCAAAAAUCUUGUUUAUUGGAAUUUUUAACGUGAAUUUUGAGGUUAUAUAAAAAAAGUUUGAUCCGGAUGAUGUCCUUUAGCCAAAAAAACGCGGGGUACACGAUAGUUUACCAUUACCAAAACAAUAAUUUACAAUUUACAGUUUACGAAGAAGAAACACCUGAAGAUGAUGAUGAAAUCGAAACAAAUCUACAACAAACAAUUUUAUCUAUAACGUCAACAACUUCGCGUGAACCGAGAAAAAAAUCGAGUUUCAGAAUAUCCGUUGAAGAUAACAACGAAGUUAUACAAGUAACCAGCCAACAAAAAACGAACGACGAAUCGAAAUUUACCAAAAAAAAACUCCCCCCGCCAACCGAAGAAGAAAAACCGAUUAAAACGAGAAAAAAAAAAAUCUCGUCGACGGAUGACGUAAUCGAAAAAGAAGAUAAACAACCGACGUCAAUCGAUAACGUAUCGAAACAAGAGAGACUCUCUUUUAAUUUCGAAAUAAUCGAAGAAGAAGAAGAGCGACAAUCGAAACCAGAACCAUCAUUGGAAUCGAUUCGAGAAAUCCACAAACCGGAAAUGAUCAUAUCGAUUUCUAGCGAAUACGCCGACGCGGAAAAGGAAACUGCGAGUUUCGACGAAAUUAAAAGAGAAGAAGAGUUCAAUAUGGAACAAAUCGAAGAUACGUCGCCGGCGAUAGAAGAAGAAGAAUCUAGAAGAGGAUCGAAUAGAUCGUCUAGAUCGGGUUCUUCGGAUAAACGUGUUUUAAUAUCGAGUUUAAAAGCGAUAUCGCACGAAGAUUCCGCGCGCGUCGAAGAAGAAGAAGAAGAAGAAGAAGAAAUAACGAGACGGAAAUCUUCAAUUGAAUCGAAUAAAUUUAAAAUCGUCGUCGAGUCCGGCAACACCGCCAGCGAAAUUGUCGUAGAAGACGAAAUUAAACCCGAAUCUACCGAUAUAAUUGAAUCGUCACGUGACCGUAUCGAUAAUUAUUCCGAAAAAGAAUUGGCUGAUCACGUGAUGAGUAAAAAUGUUAUUUCUACGGUAUCCAAUGAAGAUGGCGCGCGAAAAGAAUCAGGUACAAAAUAAGUCAUCAAUUCUUUACGAUUUCAAAGUCAUUGAUUGAUUUCUCAAAGAAAUUACCAAUAAAAAAGGUCAAUAAUUGUUUUUUUUAAAUCACCCUGUAUAUUGUAUGAAUAAUCAGGCCUCUAAAUGACACAAAAUCUGUAGGUUUUUAACGACAAUUGAUUACGGAGAGAGAAAUUAAAAAAAACGGUGUUAACAAUGAUUUUCUUAAGUGAUAAUUUUUCAAAUCACCCUAUAUAUUGUAUAAAUAAUUAGGUAUUCAAAUGACUUCAAAUCUGUAGGUUUCUGACAGCAAUUCAUUGAUUUCAGAAAGAAAAAUUCAAUAAAAAGGCCAAAAAAGAUUUUUCGAAAUAUUUUUCUUAAUCACCCUAUAUAUUUCAUAAAUAAUUAAGCCCUUCUAAAUGACUCCAAUUCCGUAGGUUUUUAACAGAAAUUCAUUGAUUUCAGAACGAAAAAUCAAUAGAAAAGGCCAAAAAAGGUUUUUCGAAAUGUUUUUCUUAAUCACCCUAUAUAUUUCAUAAAUAAUUAAGCCCUUCUAAAUGACUCCAAUUCCGUAGAUUUUUGACAGAAAUUCAUUGAUUUCAGAACGAAAAAUUCAAUAGAAAUGGCCAAAAAAGGUUUUGCGAAAUGUUUUUCUUAAUCACCCUAUAUAUUUCAUAUAUAAUUAAGCCCUUCUAAAUGACUCCAAUUCCGUAGGUUUUUGACAGAAAUUCAUUGAUUUCAGAACGAAAAAUUCAAUAGAAAUGGCCAAAAAAGGUUUUGCGAAAUGUUUUUCUAAAUCACCCUAUAUAUUUCAUAAAUAAUUAAGCCCUUCUAAAUGACUCCAAUUCCGUAGGUUUUUGACAGAAAUUCAUUGAUUUCAGAACGAAAAAUUCAAUAGAAAUGGCCAAAAAAGGUUUUGCGAAAUGUUUUUCUAAAUCACCCUAUAUAUUCCAUAAAUAAUUAAGUCCUUCUAAAUGACUCCAAUUCCGUAGAUUUUUGACAGAAAUUCAUUGAUUUCAGAACGAAAAAUCAAUAGUAAAGGCCAAAAAAGGUUUUGCGAAAUGUUUUUCUUAAUCACCCUAUAUAUUUCAUAUAUAAUUAAGCACUUCUAAAUGACUCCAAUUCCGUAGGUUUUUGACAGAAAUUCAUUGAUUUCAGAACGAAAAAUUCAAUAGAAAUGGCCAAAAAAGGUUUUGCGAAAUGUUUUUCUAAAUCACCCUAUAUAUUUCAUAAAUAAUUAAGCCCUUCUAAAUGACUCCAAUUCCGUAGGUUUUUGACAGAAAUUCAUUGAUUUCAGAACGAAAAAUCAAUAGAAAAGGCCAAAAAAGGUUUUUCGAAAUGUUUUUCUUAAUCACCCUAUAUAUUUCAUAAAUAAUUAAGCCCUUCUAAAUGACUCCAAUUCCGUAGAUUUUUGACAGAAAUUCAUAGAUUUCAGAACGAAAAAUUCAAUAGAAAUGGCCAAAAAAGGUUUUGCGAAAUGUUUUUCUUAAUCACCCUAUAUAUUUCAUAUAUAAUUAAGCCCUUCUAAAUGACUCCAAUUCCGUAGGUUUUUGACAGAAAUUCAUUGAUUUCAGAACGAAAAAUUCAAUAGAAAUGGCCAAAAAAGGUUUUGCGAAAUGUUUUUCUAAAUCACCCUAUAUAUUUCAUAAAUAAUUGAGCCCUUCUAAAUGACUCCAAAUCCGUAGGUUUUUGACAGAAAUUCAUUGAUUUCAGAACGAAAAAUUCAAUAGAAAAGGCCAAAAAAGGUUUUGCGAAAUGUUUUUCUAAAUCACCCUAUAUAUUUCAUAAAUAAUUGAGCCCUUCUAAAUGACUCCAAAUCCGUAGGUUUUUGACAGAAAUUCAUUGAUUUCAGAACGAAAAAUUCAAUAGAAAAGGCCAAAAAAGGUUUUGCGAAAUGUUUUUCUAAAUCACCCUAUAUAUUUCAUAAAUAAUUAAGCCCUUCUAAAUGACUCCAAUUCCGUAGGUUUUUGACAGAAAUUCAUUGAUUUCAGAACGAAAAAUUCAAUAGAAAAGGCCAAAAAAAAUUUUUCGAAGUGUUUUUCUUAAUCACCCUAUAUAUUUCAUAAAUAAUUAACCCUUUAAAGACAAAAA